CUCUUUAGGAUCUUUUUUUCCAGAUGAUUCUAUUUCUAAUAGUUUGACAGUAAGAGCAUAUGAGUUGCGUCAUAUGAUUUUUGGGUAUUUAGGAGGCUCUCCCGAAGAAUAUAGGAGUUCAAACAUCCAAGAUACUCAUCCGGGUCAUGAUCAUAGUCUCCAGCCAGAAAGAUCUAGUAUUGUGAGCUCUGAGCAUCGGUUUGAAGCCAUAGUCAGUUUUAGAUUGAUAUGGUGGAAUCAGGGUUCAAGUUCCAGGAAGGAACUAUCCAUUUGGCGACCAGUUGUACCGCAAGGGAUGGUAUUCUUUGGAGAUAUCGCUGUCCAGGGGUAUGAGCCUCCGAACACAGCGAUUGUUCUCCAUGAUUCUGGGGAUCUUUUUAAAGCUCCUACAGACUUUCAACUAGUUGGACAGAUCAAGAAACAGAGGGGAAUUGAAAAUAUUUCGUUCUGGUUUCCUCAGGCCCCUCCAGAUUUCGUUUCCUUAGGAUGUAUUGCCUGUAAGGGGACACCUGAGAGGGAAUGA